AUGGCUCCGUCAUUUCUGAGCAUCGCAAAGUUCGUUGAGGCAAUACUUCGCCGGAGAUUCUCCUCCGCUGGUCUCUCUCUACAAACCCUUUCCAUCGACUCCGAAACCACCAUACAAUACUGGGGUCCACCACCGUUGGAAAACAUACAGAAGCCGUCCCUCCUCCUCCUCCACGGCUUUGGCCCCUCCGCUGUAUGGCAAUGGAACAGACAGAAAUGUAUAUCGCUAUUGAAACCUGAGUUUGGCUUUAAAAUGUAUUCGGAGAAGAGAGGGGAAAAGACAGUACUUCUGGAGGGGCUCAGUAUUGGGAGCGACGACAAAACAAACGUUUCACCGAUUCAACAGGAUGUAAUGCUGAUAUGGGAGAAAGAUCAGGUUUUCCCUCUGAUAAUGGCCCAUGACCUCAGAGAGAUGUUGGGGAAGAAGGCGAAGCUGAGAGUGAUACCAAAGACAUCACACAUACCCCAAACGGAAAAGUCCAAAGAAUUCAAUGGCAUUGUCAUGUCUUUCCUGUUACCUCCCUCUUCUUCACCAUAA